CCAGCAACACAGUGUAAAUAACUCUGUGUAUUUAUUGUCCGUGUUGCUGCAGAGCAUCAGGGAGCAGCGGAGAAAUGAAUGAAACAUCGAUUUGACGCUGGUUAUUGAAUGAACUAACUCAAGGCAGCGUUAAGAGCAUCUGAAAUCAAGAUCCCGCGGACACAUUACAGACGGGCAGCUGAUGGUUGCUGGCUAGCCAAUGGGGCUGUUUGACAAGUUGGUAGGAUGGCUGGGGUUAAAGAAGGAGGUGAAUGUUUUGUGUCUUGGUCUGGACAACAGUGGAAAAACCACCAUCAUCAACAAGCUCAAGCCUUCCAAUGCCCAGGCACAAGACAUCGUCCCAACAAUUGGCUUCAGCAUAGAGAAGUUCAAGACAUCCAGCCUUUCCUUCACUGUGUUUGACAUGUCCGGUCAAGGCAGAUACAGAAACCUCUGGGAACAUUACUACAAGGAAGGACAGGCUAUCAUAUUUGUCAUUGAUAGUGCAGAUAAACUGAGGAUGGUAGUGGCCAAAGAAGAACUGGACACAUUACUAAAUCAUCCUGAUAUUAAACACCGGAGGAUUCCCAUCCUGUUCUUUGCUAACAAGAUGGAUGUCAGGGAUGCUUUGUCUUCUGUCAAGGUCUCACAGCUGCUCUGUUUGGAGAACAUCAAAGACAAACCCUGGCACAUCUGUGCCACCGAUGCUCUGAAAGGAGACGGUUUACAGGAGGGAGUCGACUGGUUACAAGAUCAAAUUAUGCAAUCAAAUCAAAACAAUGAGAACGUGAGAGCAUGAAGAGGGACCGACCAGAAGGAGCAGCAUUUGCCGAAGUCUUUCAUUAAAAAAACCAAAACAAAACAGUUGACCCUGUUUUCAGAGGUACCACUAAACACAGAUGGUUAUAAUGGGGCAUUUAAAUGGUUCUUGGAUAUGUUCGGUUCAUAGAGAAGUAAUCAGGUUCUUUGGUACCAGUGGGAACAGCAAAGAGGCAUCUACCAACAGAAAUAUUGACAACUUCGAUACAUUCAUUUAGGGCAAAUGCUCACUUUUCAGUAAAAGGGUUCAGAGUUUAAACUGUUCAAAAAAAUAAUAACAUGUAGAACAUUAUGUUCAUUAGGAAAAAAGUCUAUUUCAGCUUAUAUUAUCACUUAGAUUUUCACGGUCUUUGAAUAACAGAGGUCACAGUAAAUUAUAGCUGCUCUGAAAUAAACUAUUGCGGUUGGUGCUGUCUUUUUCAUGAGCAUGGGUACCUAGGAUAUCUUGGUAGAAAGAUAUUACUGGGUGCUGUUUUUUGUUUUUUACAUACUUCAGCCCUUAAACUGUCCCCUGUGUCUAACAGAUGGUACGUACCAGCUUCAGACAGGUACAACAUUAUACAAAUGAUGUAAACUCAAGGUCUUGUGUCCUUUUCCAGCUGACUCUCAAUUCAUUUCCACUCCAAUAUUAGAGCAGAGUAUAAAAGCUCUGAUCUGCAGAUUUAUGGACAGUGAAAGCAGGUGACUGUCUCUACCUGUUUCAAGCCUCCAUGCACCUGAUAUCAUUCUAAAAAAAAAAAUUCUGGCAUGAAACAGACUGAGACAAUUGGCCCUUUAGAACUUGUUUCCACCUCUGACAAAUGCCAAAUGCUCCUUUAUUUUCUUUUUUUCGAAUAUGUCUCAGGGCCUCUCUGUGAAUAUAUUAUCAUUUAGUUUGAACCAUCAUAUCAGUUCAGUUAACUGUCAUUCAUGUCUUCAAAAGAGGCAAAUUUUCUCAUAUUUAUUUCAUUCAUCAAAACAUUUGGAUGUAUUUUAGUGCUUCGCCUUUUCCAGACUUAACAAAGGCCAUCUUGCUGUCACAUUGAAGACAACAGCUACUAUAUCUUUACUGCAGCUAACAUUACAUGCAGCUCUUAUCACGUUUGAUUAAUGUUGCCCUAGCCAUAGCCAUAUCAAAGAUUAGUAUUGUAAAAAAAAAAAAAAAAAAAAAAGAGAGAAUGUUUUCUAGCAUCAAGUAGGCUCUAUUGUACAUAUUCUUACUUGUGGUUAAGGAUGUAUAACUAAUAGCAAACUUAGCUGUAAAACUCAGUUAAAUGAUUGUCAUGAAUGAAUAUCAAGUUAGCCUGUAAAGUCUGUUUUAAAAAAAAUCAGAGCAUCUUACCACAAAGCUCAUUUUCAACUAGUGUUUUAUUUUAUUUUUUUUGCCUUAGUCCAUUGCUCAAAGGACAAACUGUAAUCAGACUGCUUCUCACAAUUUACUCAUGCUAUUUCAGUGAUUCAAAGGCAGACAGCUAAAAAAUAAAAAAAAAAAUCUACUCAGUCUGCAGAGUUUCUAAUGCAAGCCUUUGAUCCUCUUCUUUCGUCUCUGACUGAAAGCUUGCAUUAAAACAGCAGAUCUGACUGUAUGGUUGCUUAUUUUCUUUCAGAUUGUUUUCAUCAAGCUCCAGACCUCAACCAAGCUUUAUAGCAAAUAUGAGCUAUUUUGAGUAGUUUCAAGGCAAAAAGGAAUUAACUGACUAAAAAUAUAAAAUUGUGUUUUGUUUUAUAUACUCAGUAGUAUCUUGUUAAAGAAUGUAUUUUCUGUAAAGCCUAUUUUAGUGCUACAAUAUUUUAUAUUGCAUAAAAUGCUCAAAAUGUCCCCCAAUAAUACUUGACAUCAAACUGAAUAUAAACAAGAAUAUCAAGCAUAAUACAGUGCAGUGCUGUACCACAGAUCUAGGAUGUUUGAUUCAUAUUAAGACUGUUUUAAUUUAUGAAGGAUUUUGUUCAUGGUUUAUCCUUUGUAGAUUUAGCUCUAUAAGUUGUGAAUAGAGAUAUAAGGUCAAAUCAGACAUUAGCAGAUCAUAUUAACUAAUUUUCCAGUCAGAGGACAAGUAAUUUAAUGUAAGUUACAAAAUAAUCUUCAGAUUUUAAAAGACAAAAACAAGAAACUGAAGGUGUUUUUGUUGGUAUCAGAUGGUUUACAAUUUUUACAUCCGAAACGUUGAAGCCAGGAGACAGUUCCAGAGAAACAUGAGAUUAUUUUCAGCCCACUCACUGAAAGUCUCCAUGAACACUGAGUUACUCUACUACCAAAUGGAGACAGCCAAGUCCAAAGCAUUUAAAUCUGGCUCACAGUGGCUUUAUUCAUUUAUUUUUAAAUUUUUUUUGUAACGCAUCAUACAUUUCUCACUCCAAGACAUUUCAGAGUUUGGCCAGUUUUCAUUCUCCAGACAUCUUACUUCAUAUUUUCAAAUCAAGCAAAGGGUCCUUAUACAAUCAUGUUUCUCAUCCUCCAGAAAUCUUUUCAAAACGAGGACCCUUUGAGCACACUUUCACUUUAGCAUCAGACAAGUUUUAGAUUCUUUAUUUAAACUAUAUCCUCAAAUGAGCUGUAUGUAUUUUGUUUAUUACAUUCUGUGUGUUAAUUUUCAAAGAAUAAAUGCAGUGGAAAACAUAA